CUAUUUCCUCGUAAAAGCCACGUCAAUUUACAUCGUCUUUACGACGAAUAUUUUUUGUCGUUACCUUACGACGAAAUAACGAUGCUUUUCUUUCUCAACGUACUUUCCUCGCAAAAUCAACGUUUUUUUACGAGGAUUAUUUUUCCUCGUUAAACUUCCUCGGUAAAGAUACGUUUUCUUGUAGUGACAUGCUGAUAUCCUCACGAAAGCUCUGCAUCCUGGUCCCUUUCAUUUCCUCUUGAACAGAAUGUCUGUGUCAAGCCUUUUUACUCCAGAUCCUACUUGAGUUUCAAGGCUUGAGGGAGGGUGUAUUUGAUAUAGAUAGGUGUACAUAAUACACAUGUACAGAUCACUAAUCAUACUUGUAUAUAUAUACUCUCAUGUACAUUUAUUAAUUAAUGAGAGAUAUACUUUAAGUUUGUUACACUCUUAAUAGUAUCUGUAUGUUGUCAUUAUCAUUAAUUCUUGGGUUCUAAUUAAUUACUAAAAAUAUAUAAACUCUCUUUUCUUGAAUCCUUGUCUAGUUAUGGAAUGCAUGUCAUAGCUUUUUCUCUGUUAUUCCAACGUUUAUAAACUCCUUCAUGUCUCAAACUCUAAACAUCACUCUUGAAUUGAGUUUCUACAAGGUAACAAAAUAUAUGCUCUAUUGUAUUCGUAUAGUCCAUUCGUUCAAGCUCUAGACCUCACAUUUGUUUUUGGCAGAUGGGUUCAACAAGAAGUAUAGUUGUGUAGAAACUGCUUGUGGACUUUCAACUUCUUUAAGUGAUGAUGCUAAGGAACGUUCUGCUUCGAUGCGAAAGCUUUGUUUCGUUGUGGUGUUAUGUAUUUUGUUCAUGAGCACUGAAGUUGUUGGUGGCAUCAAGGCAAAUAGUUUGGCUAUACUAACCGAUGCAGCUCAUUUGCUCACUGAUGUUGCUGCUUUUUCUAUCUCAAUGCUCUCCUUGUGGGCUUCUUCUUGGGAAGCCAAUCCGAGGCAGAGUUACGGGUUCUUCAGGAUUGAGAUUUUGGGUGCUCUUGUCUCAAUCCAGCUCAUUUGGUUACUCACUGGGAUCUUGGUCUAUGAAGCCAUAACUAGACUCAUUCAACAGACUAAUGAUGAUGUUGAUGGUUUCUUUAUGGUUCUUGUUGCUGCUUUUGGUUUAGUUGUUAACAUCAUAAUGAUUGUUGUGCUUGGACAUGAUCAUAGUCAUAGUCAUAGUCAUAGUCAUAAUCAUGGCGUGCAUGAUCAUGAGCAUGGUCAUGGAGAUAAUGAUGAGCAAUUGUUGGAGAAACCGAAGGUAAGGAGGAACAUCAAUGUGCAAGGAGCUUAUCUCCAUGUUCUUGGAGAUUUAAUCCAAAGCAUUGGAGUAAUGAUUGGAGGGGGAAUGAUUUGGUAUAACCCUAAAUGAAAAAUAAUUGACUUGAUCUGCAAGUUAGUAUUUUUUAUUUUUGUUUUAGGGAUAACCAUUAAGAUGCUUCGAAGCAUACUUGAUGUUUUAAUGGAGAGUACACCGAGAGAGAUCGAUGCAAAGCAGCUUGAAAAAUGAUUGAUGGAGAUUGAGGAAGUGGUGUCUGUUCAUGAGCUUCACAUUUGGGCAAUUACAGUUGGAAAAGCUUUGUUUUCUUGUCAUGUCAAGAUUAAACAAGAAGCUGAUGAUGCUAUGGUACUUAACAAAGUGAUUGAUUAUAUUUGGAGAGAGUAUAGUAUCAGUCACGUUAGCAUACAAAUCGAGCGUUAAAACAACAAAGCAAGUUAUAUCUCUUAUUUUCUGUCAUUUUCAUGAUCAAAUUUCAAUCUUUUUUUUUUGCUUUCUCCUGUGCCUUUCCUUUACAUUGCUGUUUAAUAUCUCAUUGUUUUUAUUUAUGAAAAAACUUUUUUUUAA